AUGGUUGUGGAAAAAUCCGUUUCAGCGUCGGAACCAUUGGAUCUUAUACGACUCCGCCUAGACGAACAUAUCUUUGUCAAACUCAGAGGAAACAGAGAAAUGUCGGGAAAGCUCCACGCUUACGAUUCACACUGCAAUAUUGUGCUCGGGGAUGCUGUAGAAACGAUUUACUUCGUUGAAGAUGGCAGCAAGGAGUUGAAAUCAAGACAGGAGAAGUCAGAAUUGGUGUUUGUUAGAGGUGACUCAGUUAUGAGCAUCACGGACUCGACUAACCUUGAUACGAAUAGCGCUUAA